UUGUACAGCAGACUUUAAGCGAGAGAGGGCGGCAGGCAGGAGGAGAGCGACCGAGACCAGAUCAUUUAUUUGUGUUAAAUCUGUUUGUGUACAGAUAUUUUCGUCUAGAGUUGGUUUUAUUUGCUUGCCUUCAGGAUUGGCUUGGGUACCCUGUACUACUUUUAAGGAAACACCACUUAUUAUUGCAGAUGGCGGCGCAGUGUGUAACCAAGGUGGAGCUGUCGAUAUCAUGUCAAAAUCUGAUUGACAAAGAUGUGGGGUCAAAGUCAGACCCGCUGUGCGUGCUACUGCAGAGCACAGGAGAAGACAAGUGGGUCGAGCUGGACCGAACUGAGAGAGUGAAGAACUGCCAGAGUCCUGAGUUCUCAAAGAAGCUGCGGGUGGAUUAUUUCUUUGAGAAGGUGCAGAAGCUCAAGUUCGGAGUCUAUGACAUAGACAAUAACUCUGUGGACCUGGGUGACGAUGACUAUCUGGGAGGAUUUGAGUGCACGCUUGGGCAGAUUGUGUCCAGUCGGAAGCUCAUCAGGCCGCUGGAGUUGAAGAAAGGAAAGCCUGCCGGUAAAGGCAUGAUCACUAUUGGUGCAGAAGAGAUCAGCGAUAACAGGUCAAUUGUUCUGGAAGUGGAAGCUCGAAGCCUGGAUAAGAAGGACCUUUUUGGCAAGUCUGAUCCAUUUCUGGAGUUUUCUAAGCAAGGGGAAGAUGGCAACUGGCAACUGGUUCACAGAACAGAGGUGAUCAAAAACAACCUGAAUCCUUCCUGGAAAAAGUUCUCUGUCUCUCUUCAAACAUUCUGCAAUAGUGACUUUAACAAACCAAUUAAGGUGGCUUGUUACGAUAAGGAUGAAGACACCAGCUCUGAUUUGAUAGGGGAGUGU